GCGGGUAGCUUCGCGUCAUCUUCGUCAUCCAAAGCAGGCAGCAUGGCCCAGCUUCUCACAACCGGUAUGGCAGCAGCUUUACGAACACAUUCCAAUUCCAACAGUUCGCAAGUUGGACUAGGGCAGAGAGCAGGAGCAGCUGGAGGUGGAAUGGCUUCCCAAAGCGUCGGAGAUAAUGCGCCGGGUGUUGGCGGGAGUCUACUCAAUCAGAAUCGAACCUCUAUCAGGGGAGGUCAAAAUGCUCCAGUUAGGAUAGGAUCGGCCGGCCCAAACGAUGCCGGGCGUUGGAUAGGUGCGCCCCCGAGUCUUCAAACCGCAGCAGCCCUUCAAGCUGGAGCGGUGCACUCCGCUCUGCAGCACCUUGGAGGUGCCGCGACUCAUCCAGGCAUCAUGAUGAUCGAUCACCCCUCGCUCCUUCAUCUCGCUGGUGCUGUUCCGGGAAGUGCGUCGCAGGCUGGCCCCUUUGGCAGCCACGGGAUACUUGGGCUCUCCGAUGAUCCUUUACGCGCAAUGGCUCGCAACCCGUUGGGAAUGAUGAAGGGCGUGCCCUCUGGCGAGGCAUCCCUCGGAACCGAGAUGGGGGUGAAUGCGCAACAAGGUGGCAUUUUGCAGCCGUCAGCUGUAGGAAACCCAUCUGCCUCGGGAGUCGGUGGCCCCAAUAGCGCUGCGCACCAGAUGGGUAUUCAACUGCAGGCGGGCCUUGGAGGAAGCACUGCGCCGGGCGGCGCUAACAGCGGCGUGUAUGGUACAUCAAUUAGUGGAGCUGCUGCAACAUUCAUCAACGCGACCAACAACAUGCAUUCGCUUCUUGUUGGACCCGGUUCUGGGGGUGCUUUCCAUCAUCCCGCAGGCCCGCCGUACGCUGGCGCAACAGACACUGGUUUGAACAAGAUGCGCAUAGAUUAUACAAGCGCUGGUGAGCGGGUUCCGGGGAAACUGGUGCAGCAAACAAGCAAUGGCCUCGCUCGUACUACCGGCACUGGCUGUAGUACUAUGAUGGAGCAGCAACAGCCGCACACCCAGCACGUUUCACUCCAACAUUUCGGCCCGGCCGCUGAGAGCCUCCUGAACAAUGCUGGUGGGAUUUUUGGACAGCAUUUCAAUGUCCAGGGAGCUGCCGGUAAGGGCGCGCUUCAUCCCGCAGCAUGGCUGCAAGCAACCCAGCAGCAGCACAAUUAUCACGUUGCUGAGGGUGGUGGAGUCACAGGCACGUCAAGCUUCUAUGACACAACCAUGACAGGAAGUGCAAGUGGCACUCGCACUGGGCAACAAGUGGUGGACGCUACUUCUAUGUCGGGACAUCUCGACGCUGCGACUACAACAAGUAGUACAAUGACUCCAUCAACAACAGCCACGGCGCCCUCAUCAGGUUCGUCCUCCAGCAUGACAAGUAGUGCCAACCAGCAAGCGCGUCGGAAUCUUAUCAAAGGCUCUUCCGCUUACAAAAACUUCUCUAGCACAGGCGCAGGCUCAAGCAAGUAUUCUGGCGGUAGCACUUCCAGCGGAGGCAAAAAAUAUGAGGGCGGGGGUAAAGGGAGUUUUAG